AUGUCUUUGAGCGAGCUGGCUAUCAGACAUCAUGUCCUCAACAGCCUAGCGUGGACAACUUACCCCCCAGUUGGUAUGAUGGACGAUGCUGAGCGAAUCACAGAUGAGCUAGUCCAAGUAAUCGAUAUCGAGCACAAAGACGUGGCCAUCGUGGCGCAUUCCUACGGAGGUAUAGUCGCCAGUUAA